UUGUGAAACCGAUAGCCAGUGUACAUCAUACCAUCACCAUGACAGGUCGCGGCAAAGGGGGUAAAGGCCUCGGAAAAGGUGGCGCAAAACGUCACAGAAAAGUGUUGAGAGACAACAUUCAAGGCAUUACGAAGCCAGCUAUACGCCGCUUGGCUCGUCGUGGUGGUGUCAAACGCAUCUCUGGCUUAAUUUACGAAGAAACUAGAGGAGUUUUGAAGGUGUUUCUAGAAAAUGUUAUUAGAGACGCGGUCACGUACACAGAACACGCUAAACGUAAGACUGUAACAGCUAUGGAUGUGGUGUACGCUUUAAAGAGACAAGGGCGUACGUUGUAUGGGUUUGGAGGUUGAAUAAACUAAAUAAAAGAUAGAAUAAAGUGUUGUAUUGGUGUUUCAUUUAUUUCGGAAAGACAAGGCCCUUUUCAGGGCCGCAA